AUGGUAUUUUCAAGACUUUCUUCAACUUUUCGUUCCGCUUAUACACAUUCCCGUUAUAACCCAUCAAUAUCGGCGCGAAUUAUUCGUCCAACUCUUGUUCCAAUUUCAACUCAAUUCCAUC